AUGGGAUUCUUUGAAAAGUUUAGAAAGAGAGAUCAAAAAUCAUCACCACGACCAUCCUCGGAAUCCAUGCAAUCAUCAUCGGAAGUUGAAACAUCAUCCACUACCAAACCAAUGAAUCUCACUGGUUCUGUGGAUAUUGUUACUUAUGGGAUUCCUUUUUCCUUAAAUCAACCAACCCCCACUACAUUUGAAAGGAGAUCACUCCCAUUCCCGAUAGGAGCUCAGAUCAAGGAAAUUAUUGGAGGAGGAACGUUUUGUGUGAUUCGUAGUGAUUCAGAUGAACUCUUCUUCAAAUCAACAACAUCAACAGAUUUUCAACCAUUAUUGCGCUUUCUUUCAGGAACCCAACCCACAACACCAGGUCCUUUUUUCAUGAACGGAACACUCAAUUAUUGCCAUAUCAAUUACAAGAAGAAAAUUGAUGAUUUUAAAUUAGAUUCGAGGAAUGCAUGUUAUGAAUUGAAGGAAGUGCAUUGUGGACAAUACUUUAUUUUACUCAGAAUGAUGAAUGAUUUAUUGGUAUAUCUCAGCAUUACGAAUUACAUUGCUUUGGUUGACCAUAGUUAUGUCAUUUCGAAUUAUCAUUCAGAGACAAGAAAGCUGAAACAUAUUUAUGUUGGUCCAUUGAGCCAACACACAAUUAUUCUCAAGAAUGACGAUACCAUUGAUUAUUUUGAAUGUUAUCAACGUUUCACAAAAACAGAAGAAAAGCCACUUCCCAUCAAAGAAGGUCACAAAAUCGUCAAUUGUGCUUGUGCUGGAAGAUCUACCUUUAUAGUCGUUGAGGAUCCAACAGAUCACUCUCAUCAUUUAUUUGUGCACGGAGACAAUCAAUUCAUGGUCCAGAGUGGAUUGAGCAGCAUGUAUUCCUUUGCUCCUUUAACAAACACUCCCUUCUCAGGAAAGAGAGUGAAAGAUAUCAAGUGUGGUUAUUUUCAUACAUGCAUAUUGAUGGAAGAUGGCUCCGUUUAUACGUGCGGAUAUAAUGCUUAUUGCCAAUUAGGAUACUCUGGAGGGGACUCGGAACUUCAACUCGUUAAAUUUCCAACGUUGCCCUUGUCAUCUGAAUCAUAUACUUAUCCAAAUAAUUCAGAAUCAAGUUCUUGUUUCCGAACCAAAUCAGUUCUCUGCUCUUCUAUUGCCACACUUUUUAUCAGUGAAAAAGGGUUUAUUAUGGUUGGAGAUCCUGUAUCAUCCUUGCAGAGAAAAGUUUCAUUUGGUCCCAAUGUUAUGGCAUUCAAUUAUUCGUUUGGAAAUGAUCCAAUAGAAACGGUAGUUGGUUUAAAACCUCUUGGUUCUAACUCGGUUGCAGUUGGUGGAUGGCAUUUUGUUAUUUAUCACAAAGCCUCCAUGUCCAUGAAACAUUUAAGGUAUUUCUUUAAGAAUUUGUGCCAAUUUGCCAAGAUUACUGACAGUGAUGCAGCAGAACACGAGAAUUCUCAAUUUUCAGACAUUUCAUUUUCAUUCUAA